AUGACCCACGACUUUACCCACGACUUUACCCACGACUUUACCCACGACACACGACUUUUAACCCACGACACACGACACACGACAUAUAGGGACACUCUUUUAACUCGACUUGGUUAUGAUACGAUGUCUGAAGUGAUAACAGGUUUGUUGAAGGUUACCUUCGGUUUAAUAUCGAACAAACUUCGUGCUUAUAGCGCUGAGAAACUCCAAGAUGGAGGUCUCACUGAUCAAAAGUUUCGAGGUUUGAUUGUUCGUGAAUUGGACGACAUCAAAUCUAAACUUGAUGCUAUUUCGAGAAAAGAUCUUUGUGCGAGCAUUAGUUUCCUACAACAAGGCAUCCAACGUCUAAACAUGUCUUUUGGCGAGUCUUCUGAGAGUGAAAACCCAUCUACAUCUGAAUUACUGAAUGACGGAAAGCAAUCACAAGGCACAACGAAAGCUUGCGCUGGGGCAAGUUCAACCGACAAGAAGCCAGCUCAACAGUCGGUGACUGUAGAAGACGCACUUGCACUGGCCAAUGCCAUUGGGAAACUGAAGAUCAAGUCAAGUGAACUAUUCGAGUUGGCUAAAAAAUCCUUUGAAAAGGCCGGGGAAGAAGCAACACGAGCAUUUCAUAACGCAGCGCUGAGUACGGAAGAGAGAAUUUUAGCGAGUAAAGUACGCAUCGCAAGCGGAAUACUGGAACAUUUGGACCGCCCGGAAGUCGCGGCGACGGACUGUUUACAGUACCUGCGAGAAUUGCAUGAUAUGCCAGCUAUAAAGGAAAUAUUUUCAGUGCACGUUGGAACAGGAAUAAAAUCAUGGUUCAAAUCAGGUUUCAAGAAAGACUCACGAGCGGAAAUCGUGGAAACCGUAACGAUGAUCAAUUUGAUCUUGGCUGAUUUUAUCUCGAAGUUUACAAAGCAAAGAAUGGCUGUUUUUGAUUGGCCAAUGAUAGAAUGUGGUAAACGAGUUGUCCAUCCAAUUCAUUUCAAGAAAGAGAGUGCACCAAAUAUGAAAGAAAUGCAAAUAACACCACCUUGGAACAUUGUAGUAUCUGACAAUGAUCUGUUAACCGGUGCAUCAAACAAAGGCAUCUGUGUUCAAAAAACACUUGUGUUAACCACAGAAGGAGAUCUCAUUUAUUUUACAGAUGACAGACGUGGUGUUCAAAAACUCGACACAACGACAGGUAAGCUGCAGCCGUACUGUCUUUCUCCUUUGGAAGACAACACUGAACAUUCUCAGCCCAGCGGUGUGUUCAUUGGUAUGGCUAUCGAUGAUAACGACACCGUGUACGUUCUGUCGCGUGACGACAAAGAUGGAUACACAUUGUCAGUCUACAGUACAGAUGGAAGAAAUACGCAUCAUUGUUCUUUAGAAUUUCUUCAAGGGCUGUCAGGCUUUCAACGCAUUACUGUCACCAAUAACAAAAAUAUUGUCAUUUGUUUCAAACAUGAGGACAAAAUCAUGGUAUAUUUAUGUAACUGCAAAGGAAAACUGAUAAACAGCUCUGAGUUACCUCAUCCGAUUGAUACUGACUUUUAUGUAAUAGAGUCAUUGUCUAUUUCUUGUGAUAAUGAAAUAAUACUCACAACAUCGCAGUGGACUGAUAAUUUAAAAUUUUCAAAUGCGCUUUACAUCUUCUCCGCUGACGGACAGUUAAAAACGACUGUCAAAUUUCGUCCAAGUGAAGGUAUGGAUUUCUAUGAAAAGUUUUUUUACAACCACGACACCAAGAACAUCAUCGGUCACGCUGAGGACUUUGAUGAUCACAAGAUAUUGAUAGAAUAUUUGUCUGAACAAACUGCCAAACUUCAACUUUCAUACGUACUGUAUAAAACGAACUUUCCAGAACGCAUAUUUAAUUUUUGUCCUGUCCACGCUACAAAUGGUGCACUUGCUUUGGUUAGUAGCAAGCAUGUGAUUUUGCUUCAAAAACCUUCUGCGUGA